AUGGGGUUAGAACGCCUUAAUAUCAUUGCGGCUGUUGCCAGCAACGGUGGCAUUGGGAAGGAGAAUAAAGUGCCAUGGCGGAUUCGGGAGGAUAUGGCCUUUUUUAAUAGGAUAACCUCAACAUCUCGAGAGGGCAAGACGAAUGCUAUAAUUAUUGGAAGAAGAACAUGGCUCUCCUUACCACAGAAAUCUCGUCCUCUACCAAAUCGAGUCAACGUGGUUGUGUCUACACAACUCGAAACGAUACCCGAAGGUGCCUAUCUUGUCGAGUCGUUUGGAGACUCUUUGCGUCUGGUUGAGUCUUUGGUCGAUAGCGGCCGGGAAGCACUGGAACAAGAGGUGUAUCCCGUUCGCCUCUAUUACACACACAUUAUGAAGGAUUUCGACUGUGACACGUUCUUCCCUUCUUUUGAUUGGAAGCGAUUUACACAUAUUCAGUUAGAUACAGUGGAUUCUGGCUUAAAACACUGUGGAGAUGUCGAAUUCCGAUUUGCUGUUUACGAGAGAGAAUCUCGUGCCCUAAAUUGUGGUUAA